AGAGAUCAGUACCCCUGAACCUCCUUAAUAGCAAAGAGGAAAUUUCCUCUCUGUUAAUAGUACACUUCUAAAGAUUUUUAUCAAUUUUUAUCCACUAGAAUCGAAGAAAUGAAAUCCACAAACUUUCAACAAAUGACUUUCUAAGCUUUAAAACUAUUCGUUUCUCAUUUAUUUCGUACACAAAUGCAAUCGAAAUAAAUUUCCAGUUAGAAAACUGAGAUGACAGGAGAGAAGUUGAAACGGUUCACAAAAUGGAGGGAAAUCCAUAAAUCGACAGUGUUCGAUAAUCGAGAGUCAGACGAGGCACGAUCGAGAUAUAUCGACGUCUACUAUUAGACAGUAAAACGAAGAUGGCGACGGUAACAUACGAGUAGCUGAUGUUUGCCAGUUUGCUCCGGUGGCGUGCGUUCAGGGAAAUUUGGGAAAAUUGGAAAACACGGUGAAUAACUCGCGUCCGGCACGGGAAUCGCGCGCGGGUGUCCUAGUGUCUACGCGUGGUGAUCGCCCGCGCGGAUUUCGUUCAUGCAAGAUAUGUUGGAGGUCUGUUGAAACAUGAGCGAGGGAGCGAGUCCGGCGCCGCGAACCUGCGAGAAUUCGCUGACGACCUUGACGGACGAGGUCGACCCGGAGGAGCUGCCGCCGCGGACGAUCUCGCACACCACGAGGAGGCCGCGGUUCGGCACGGGCAACGUGCCCCUCUCGCCGUACAUCCUGAUAGACGGGAGGAAACUACGAAGUUCCUUGGCGUUAAGCAAAAAAAAGCUCCCGCGACGCGUGAGUUUCCCAACAAAUGACAAUCACUUGAUUACGGGAUAUCUGGAACCGGCCAAUCCAUUGAAACUCGCCGAAAAUGCGAAUCGCGAGGACAUAAUCUCGGCGUACAAGGAGUCCUGUUUAAAACACAACUCGGAACCUCUGGCGACAGUCGUGAACCAACUUGAGAAUUUGUCUACGUUCGAGCUACGUAAUGAGGAAUUAAAUUUGAAAGGGGAGACUCUGGAUGUGAACCACGCGGAGCCCUUGGAAGAGAUUUUCAAAAGAGUCCAAUUUAACAAAGUCGAUUUAGAAGAUACAUCUCUCAGCGACGAGAGUUCUGUGAUAUUAUUUGAUAUGUUAGAGUAUUAUGAGUCUGCGAAACAGUUGAAUAUUUCACUUAAUCAAGACAUUGGGAUUCACGGCUGGCAAGCAUGCGCGAAUAUGAUAAGAAAGACCCGAUGUUUAGAACAUCUCGAAGCUAAGGAUGUAAUUCUUAACGAACAAUACAUGAAUAUAUUGAGUCGUGACUUACGAUUAAACUGCCAACUCCAUGUGCUUAAAUUAGAAAAUUGUGGACUUUCAGGAAGAUGUAUCGUCGCACUAGUUGCAGCUUUAAAAGUGAAUACCGGGAUAAGAGAACUUUACUUAGCUGACAACGGGCUGAACUUAUACGAUGCAAUACAGCUCGGUUCUCUCCUUAGGUUAAACAAUCAUAUACAGUUGCUCGAUAUUAGUAAUAAUGUGAUCCAAGACGACGGCGUUCGGGAUAUUCUAGAGGGUCUCAUAAAUCAAAUAAAAGAGGAUGAGGAUGGGAAAGGCUUGAGCAUAUUGAUAUUAUGGAAUAAUCAAUUGACAAAAAAAUCUGGCCCUUCCUUUGCACGCAUCAUAGGACUGUGUAAAACUUUAGAGACAUUGAACAUUGGGAAAAAUCUGUUGACUGACGAUACGUUAGUUGCUAUUAAAGACGCGUUGAAGAAGAACCGUGUGUUGUUACAAUUGGGAAUGCAGUCGACGGAUUUAACUUGCGACGGAGUCAUCACGCUGUCCGACAUCAUCGAGACGAAUCAAGUUUUGCAAAGGAUAGAUUUGCGAAAUAAUGACGUACGGCUGUUCGGAUUGGAGGCGCUCAGUUUAGCGAUGAAAAAAAAUCGAAGUAUUACUAAAAUAGAUUUGGACGAGAGGCCUGAUGCGAAAAUAGACCGUUGGACCGAGAUCUUGCCAAAGUACACGCAGCUACUAGCCGAAAUACGGAGCAGUUGUUUGGAAAACGAGCAAAAUCGCGCGUUAGAAGAGACUAACGAAGGUUUCGAUAAUUCCUAUCAUAGCCGAUUCUGUAGUACAACCUCCCGUAAAAUCUCGCUCACAUGUCAAACACUGCCAUGCUCUCCAUCAUCCAUGAUCUCGUCGGGGAAAGAUGAGAGAUCUAUGCUCGAACCGAAACGUGUCAACGGGGGUCGCCUUCGUUCACCAGCCCCCAGUCCCGCAUCAUCACCCGUAGCCAGUCCGAUACUAAGCCCCUCGCGAAGCCGGUUCGUGGUGUCCCGCGUGCCGGAAACGUUGCGCCCGACAGACUGCUCCUCGACAUCUUCUACUACUUCGUCAUCAGUUGUUCUAUCAUCACCUGCCUGUGUCACGUCCGCAAGUGGGUCAUCUAGAUUUCGUGUUUCAGUUGUUGAAUCAGCAAAUACCGUAUCGUUACCUAAAAUCACGACCACCGAGGCCGAUAUCGAUCUAAAUACGAAAAUAAAAGCCGACGACGACGACAACGACGACGUAUCCGACGAAUCGACAAAGACUAACGAGAAUCAGCGUCUAAUUUCGGACAUGUCCGCUCCUCCGAAUACGGCGACCGACCGCGUGAAAGAGUCCGUCGCGGUUCGGUCCGACGAGGACGCGACCUCCGUUACCGCGGAAGAGAGUCAGAUCGUCGCGACGACGACGACGACUACGACGACGACGGAUAUUAAAACCGUGGAUGAAAACACGGAGGUGGACGCAGUUAAGAAAGUAACAAGCGACGAGGUCGAGUCGCAAGUGAAACACGACCCGAUUCAGAAGAGCAGUUCGAAUCUGGGGAAGUUGCUAUCGCUGUUCCAGCAUUCUAGCUGCUUCUUCUCCGAUUCCGUGUCGAUCAACCAAUUGAAGAGCAAGAGCACAUUGCAGGGUAGCAUAAAUAGCAUGAUGACGCUCGGCGACAAAUUCCAUUAUUAUAUAAAAGACAAGAGGGACCGGAUUUAUAGCCGCGAGACCGAGGAGAAGAAGUCGAAGUUCUUCAACGUCUCGCAGCUGCCAAGCUUGCAGAGUUUGGCGAAUAUAAUACCGUCGUUCAGGGUCGAGGGGCAGCAGUUGAGCGCUCCCGGCAGCGACGAGAAACCUUGCAUCAAAGAGACGAGCCCUUCCCUCGAGAAGGACAACGAUGAAGGGAAAGAGAGAGAGCGUACCGAGGAGAAGAACAUCGAAGAGAGCUUCGACGUUCCAGCUUUGGACAAGCGAUUGCCCGAGGGCAUGAAAUCAAAACUUCCUGCUGGUGUUACUAACAAGGACGUGGUGUUGGCCGCCAACUGUAUUGUCUCGAACAUAAUCGACACCUGUUCGAAGCUAGUAAACGAUAACUUAUUGACGCACGUCCCGAAUAGUAACACGAUCGUACCUGUACCUAAACUGCUAGGUAUACCUGAAUACUCUGCCUACAGAGCAGCUAGAAACGAUGUACAGAGGGAUACGGCGGAUCCUGAUCACGUUCAAGGUUCAACAGACAGUAUUAACUUUACUAGUGAUAGCAACUCGUUGUCGUGUAGUAUAGCGUACGGCGACGACUCGAGGAUGCACAAUUUAAUAUUAAACUUAAGUACAAAGGAGGACGAUUCUGCUUUUACUGUAAAUAAUACAGGAGGAAGAGGCGCGUGUCGGAACGCGGCGUGUUUCGCAUGCAGCGAGAGGAAACGUGUAAAUAAGAGAUCUACCGAUUGUUACGUCGGCCCGGAUCGUUUAAAUAGCCAAGUUACCAGAACGUGUAGUACCGGCGGUGAUAAAGAUGUUUAUAUGGACGAUUUACAGGCGGAGGAUUCGCCACGUGUAAAUAGAAACGACGUUGUAAAUAGUCGAAGCGAAGCAGAGAUAUCUAACGUGGCGUGCGUUACAAAAGACAGAAGGGGUAGCAACGUAAGCGUCGUGUUGCCUCUGCCGAGAAUCGGCGACAUGAACAAGCUGUUGCUCAGCAAUUUUAUCAAUCGCGUGUCGCGGAUUUCUAUCAACGGGACUCCGGUGAAGAGAAUCUCGAUUAGCGGUUGCUGGCCGAACAACGCCAAAGUGAGGACUCUGUUCUGCGAUCUUUCUCAGAUACCUCAGUCGGACGAUGUGACAGAGUUAGAGGAGAGCGGUGAUUCCCGCGGGGUCGUUUCAGUACCUGUACAUUCGAUAAAGAACGAGGCCCCUCGUGCGCUCGGUAACUUUGCUCAACGCUCGCAGUGCACGAAUUCGGACGAGGAGGCCGACGCUUGUCAAUGUUUGAACGCGAUCGUCUGCACCUCGACGGCAGCUGCGAACACGAUCGUCGCCGAUUCCGUUUCGCUGACCGUCGCGUCCGAUCCGAGUGCGAAUAUCGCUGAAACUUCGCCGGUAAUCCGUGCAACCAGCACAAAGUAAAAAUAUGGAUGAAGAGGAGGGAGAGGAAGAGGACGAUGGUGAAUUGCAAUUUGUUGAAGGGGAGAGCGUGGAUAAC